AUGAGUCUGCCUCAGCGAGACGAAGCGGUUACCGUCGGUUCUCUGCGGAUGAGGCAAACGACGCAGCUGGUUGCCCAGUCCCGGUCUAGCGCAACACAGUUCGCGUCUUCUCCCGCCGCCUUGGCCUCUCCCGCCCUGCAUUUUGCCUUGCUGGAGAUUUCGGCCCGAUCUCUCGCAGACGUUGCUCUCGGGCGACGACAGGCGCCUCCGCCCGUCCCCCGCGGACCCGCCUCCCGCGCGUCUCUUCCCGGCGGUCGCCUUGCCUCCCUCUUUGGCCUCUGUCUCGUCCUCUUCUUCAGCGACACCUUACCUGUCUCUCAGCCGCCCGUUUUUGUCCUCGCAGCUGCCGAUGCGACCUCGCCCUCGUCUUCACCUUCAGACGCGGCUUCACGGAACCUCGACCGCUCUGUCUCUGGAACGCAGAGUGGCGGCAACGAUCGCGCGCCGCCCUCGCCUGUCGGUGCUCACCUCCUCGAGGCGCUCUCUGCGUAUCGCCGCGCGGAGAAAAAGAAUGAGUUGUCUGCCGCCGACCGAGAGGCUCUUUUGUCUCUGCUUCGGGAAAUCGAGGACGUGAAAAACAAUGUGAAGCAGUCGCUUUCUCAGGACUCUCGCGGUUCCGCGCAAGAAGAACAUGCAUCAGUCAGUCGAAAAAGAGACAGCGAUGGCCCAGACACGCACCUGCCUUCUGCCCCUGACUCGCCGGCUCGGCAGGGACGUGUGUCGACCAGAGACGAAGUCCCCGGAGUGUCCGAAGAGCGAAGAAGGUGGGAGAGGGAACAGGAGAAAGAGAGGGAACGGGCGAGAGGAGGAAGGUCGAGUUUCCCUGCUGCGCUCGUGUUUAUCUCCAUUUGCGUCGCCUCGCUGCUGGUCUUUGUGAUUGUGCGCCUCGAAACGAAAGCGAUGGUGCGGGGCGGAAAACGCCACAAAGAACGAUCACGGGGGAAUGGAUCGAAGGCGAGAGAAAAAGAGAUGAGCGACGAGAGCGAGGGAAGCGACGCAUGCGAAGGCGGGGCAUCUCCACGCUCGACACGCCAUCGCAGAGAAGAGGCAGAACGAUACGGGGCGUUCACGGGGCCUUCUUCGUCGCAUGGCGCUGUGAGACGAAGGAGAGGCCACCACCCCACGCGAGAAGAGCACGACGUACACGAUCCCCGCGCACGCGCCACGGGGUGUACGUACACCAGCUCCACGAGGUUCCAGUACCCAGCGAACCACAAGGUCUCGGACGUUGAGGAGGAACCAUCUCUAGCUGUGAAUGACAGUGAGCGAGAGAGAGGCACAUCGCCGUCGGCCUGCGAGAGUCAAAGAGCGCGAGACCUUGGAGACGCAACCUGUUCGCACGCGCAGCGGAGGCGCGAUGCAGCGCCAAAAGACAACGGGCCAGCAAACACAUCGCGAGGCGCAGAAGACGCACAGAGUCCCGGUGCUCCCUCUGGAGACCAGGAACCCCUCGCAGCGCAAGUGGAUUCCGCCUUCGCGGCGAGUGCUCGGCCGCUGCGUGCCUCCGCGCAGGAGUCUGAGAAACAGCAGGCGUACGAGGACUUGUGCACGCGUUUGUUUGGGCGCCUCGCCGCUCUCGUGCCUGAGGAUCGACCGGGCCCCAAGCACGGACCUGCGAGCCCAGCAGAGACACGUGGAGACACUUCCACGCAGGAAGGCGCGUGGAAAGGUGAGGCCGAGAAGACGGAGGCGGGGGAAAUCCUUACUUCUCUUGAGAGAAUGCUCAAAGACAUUGAAGACGAUUUCAGCACGAACCGCGCUGCCCAUGUCACGUGCAUGAUUCGAUGUUGCAACACCCUGCUCCGCCUCGACGGCCUCACCCUCCUCAGCCGCUGCAGAAAGGAAGACUCGCUGCGCGAAAAGGCUCAAAAGGUGAUUGAAACCGUCGUCCCGUGCAUUUGGUCUUCCUAG